AUGGCUGCUAAUGACCAGGACUACAUUUUAAGUCAGAUGCCUCCAAAUGAUCAGGGAUGGCUUGAAGUUGCUAGAGGCUUUGAAACAAAAUGGCAAUUUCCACAUUGUUUGGGUGCUAUAGAUGGCAAACACAUAAAAAUAGAGUCACCUAUUAAUAGUGGAUCAGAGUUCUAUAACUAUAAACACAACUUCAGUAUAAUAUUACUAGCAGUAGCUGAUAGUGAAUACAACUUUUCAUUUGCCGACGUACGAACACAUGGACGAAUGAAUGACGCUGGAGUUGUUAAUGAUAGCAUACAUAACAAAAUAUAUGGUUCCAAUUCCAAUUUUCCGGAAGACACUCCUCUACCUGACCGACAUCUUCCUGUGCCCUAUGUUUUUGUGGCAGAUGGAGGUUUUGGAUUAUCUAGAAGAAUCAUGAAACCGUUUUCUGGCACACCGGCAGCUGGCUCAGCAAAUAGAAAAUUCACGCGCUCGUGUUGUGAUUGAAUGUGCAUUUGACAUCGGUGUUUCGAGUGUUGAAAACCAAUUUGCUGCUACAACCCGUAAAAGCAUCUAUUAUGAUACUGACUUGCGUUGUACUUCAUAAUUUUUAAAAAAACAGCGAGCACUCUCGAUGGAUGUAUAUGCCAAAGGGUAACAUAUAUAAUGUUUUACAAGAGCAACCAUUAAGGUCCUCAGAUCAAAUACCAAUAAGAGCAACUGAAAAUGCAAGAGAAAUAAGAAAUGAAUUCGCAUCAUACCUUUACUCACAUUGAAUAAACUAUGUAUCAAAUCAAUUUGUCAUAAUUUAAUGACUUUGUUUAUGAAUGUGUAAAUAAAUAAAAGUAAUGAUUAA